UAGUUUUUCAGAUCAAGGGUCAUUCGGCAAAGUAGCUUCUCACCAAUUUGUCUGCGAGUCGAAUUGUUAAAUCAAAUAACACAUUGAAAAUGGCAAGUGAUACUGAAGGAUGGAGAGCAAAGCUCGAAAAGGCUUUAAAUGACAAAAAUCCAGUGACAGAUGUGCUAGCAAUGAUUGAAGAGAAGACGAAAAUAAAGCGCAUAUACCUGGUGUUGGGUGUGGCUGGAAUAGUUGCAUUGUGGUUAGUGUUUGGCUAUGCAGCAGCCUUCAUCAGUAGCUUCUUGGGAUUCGUCUAUCCCGCAUACUGCAGUAUUAAAGCAAUUGAGAGCACGGAAAAGGAUGAUGACACGCAAUGGCUUACCUACUGGACAGUUUACAGCGCAUUUGGCAUGGUGGAAUUCUUCUCCGACAUUUUCCUGUCUUGGUUCCCGUUCUACUAUUUGUUCAAGAUGAUCUUCUUGAUUUGGUGCAUGGCCCCAAUAUCGAACAAUGGAGCUAACGUCCUCUACCACCGUAUAAUCAAGCCACUUUUCCUAAAACAUGAGAAAGAGCUCGAGGAAGCCAUUGACAAGGCCACAGAUUUUGCUAGCUCAGCUCUUGAUGAAGUGUGGAAGGGCAUGUCUCAAGCUAAAGAAGCCGCAAGUGACCAAGUUGCCGAUAUCGCUGCUCAGCAAAUGAAGGAAGCUUUAAAAGCCCAGCAGACUGCCAACACCCUAGAGGAGAAACAAGAAAGAGAACCUGAAAACCUAGACCCAGAUCACCAGGACUAAAGAGGGCGCUAUUCAGUUAUUGAUCCUUUCAACAGCAGAGUGAGAUAAAAAUUCCAUCAUUCGUAACAUCAGUCAUAUCUUCAAGGAAAACGCUCUCAUGACAAAAUGUUUAUCAUUUUGAAAAACAUUACUCAAUCUGUACCAUAAACAGUGCUUUUUCAUAAUCAAAAUGUAAACUGACCAACUCUUCAAAAAAACCUAACUGAUUGGUUAUAUGAUUAUGAAUGAAUCCCUAAUUAUCAGAAAUUUAAUUAGGAUAAGGUGUUAAUUAAUUAGCUUGCCUGUCACUGCUUCAGUUAACACAAAAACAUGUUUGAAAUGAUAAUAGAGUGAACGAAGAAUUUUUAAGUGUUGAUACCUUUGAUCAGGUGUAAUAUUCAUAUUUAAUCUAUAUCCCACAGUUAUUCCUUUUAUAAUUUAAUGUUUUUAGUAUAACCAUAGCAUUGAUCCAGUGUAUAUUUUUGCAUUGGCAAUGGGAAUUUUGAGUUCAUUCAUGUCAAGAUAUUUGUUAAAUAAUUUUGUUUUUGAUGAAUUACAUAGUUUCUAACUAGUGAAUCAUUUGGAAAAAAAAAACAAAUUUGUUUAUUGUUGUUAGUUCAUCUAAAUAGUGUAGAUCUCUGGAAAUUGUUACCCUGAUUUAAGACCCUUCAGUUUAUUAGGAUGUUUAAAGUUAUUCAUUUAUUACCAAUAAAGAUAGCUUGAAGUUUAUUGUGAUAAAAUUCACUUUUGAAACGUAACACAAAAUCGUCACCUUUUUUCCUCAAUGUCAUGUUAAGCCAUUUGUAGUUUGUAAAAGGGGUGUGUGAUUCAAAAACACAAGAUUCAUGCACAAGAACGAAAGUGAUUUGGAUUGAAUUAUGAUAAAUUCAAAUUUUAUAAUACAGAUAUUGAUGUGAUUUAUUUCAAUUUAAAAAUACUUUAAUAAUU